UCAUGAAAUCCUCUGCGUACUUUCCUUUAAAUUAGAUGAGAAACGGAUGUUAAGAACCCUGCCCUCAAGUUCUCUCCCGGCACAUUGCGGGCUCAUUUCCCAGAUCUUUUCAGCACUUUCUAUAAAUGAUUAUAAAGUCCCAUUGUUAAGCCUGUCGGCUUCCUGGUCAGGAUCUCUUUUGCAGGGCAACGGUUUCCUGGGGGGAACCAUUUCUCUGUGACACAAAGGUUAUUACUGUUUGGGACGCUGGAGGGUUUGACCCGCGUUGUGGGUGCAGAAAUGGCAGUCUUAUUGGGGAAGAGCUUCCGUCACAUUACUGACAGCAGGCUGUUGCAGCUAAGAAUGGUGUCUCUUUACAACCACACCCAUGGUUUUGAGGAGGACGCAGUGAAAGAGAAGCUUCAGCAGUUCCCUGGUGGAUCCAUUGAUCUUUCUAAAGAAGAUAACGGCAUUGGGAUUCUCACACUGAACAACCCAAAGUUCAUGAAUGCAUUUACAGGAACCAUGAUGGUAGAAUUACAGGAAAAGGUUGCUGAAUUGGAAAACUGGAAGAAUGGGAAAGGACUUAUUGUCCGUGGUGCAGAAAAUACAUUUUGCUCAGGAUCUGAUCUGAAUGCUGUCAUGGUACUGUCUCGGCCGCAGGAUGGGAUGGACAUGUGUAUGUUCAUGCAGAACACUUUAACCAGACUCAUGAGGUUACCUCUAAUUACAGUUGCUUUGAUUCAAGGGAAAGCUCUGGGAGGAGGAGCAGAACUGACCACUGCAUGUGAUUUCAGGUUAAUGACCCCGGAGAGUGAAAUAAGAUUUGUCCACAAGCAGAUGGGCUUAGUGCCAGGAUGGGGAGGAGCUGCCCGGCUUGUACAAAUCCUUGGCAGCAGCCCAACCCUCAAGCUGCUGAGUGGUGCCACCAGAAUCGAUCCAGAGAGCGCCCUCCACAUGGGCUUGAUAGAGGCUGUGCUGCCCUCAUCCAGUGAAGCUCACUCUCUAGAAGAAACAUGCACCUGGCUCAAGCACUACACCAACGGCCCAGUGGAAGUCAUUCAGGCCAUCAAAAGGGUUGUUUCAGGAGGAAGAGAGCUCCACUUAGAAGCUGCCUUGAGGACAGAAAAGGAAAUUUUUGGAACAGUUUGGGGUGGCCCUGCCAACCUGCAGGCCUUGGCACAGAGAACAAAACAUAAAUGAGUAAUGCUGAAAAGAAACUGGUUUUGGUCACUUCUUUGCUGAACAGAUUUAUAGGAAACUGUUGAAAACUUAUCAAAUCAACUGGGCACUAUUGUUCAGAGGCUUUGAAUUAUAAACCCUUAUGUCUGGAGUCAGUAAUGUGGCCUUUUUUUUCCACAGCUGGGGGAUCAUUUUGGCUGUGUAAUGGAGGGGGCUUCUCUCUGCAUCAAAAGGCUAACUUCUAUGAAAAUGGUAUUUUCUUCAGUUAUGUGGAAUAAAUAAUGGGCCUGAAGCCUCAAACGAUAACUGCACAAACUGACUUUUCAAAUUCUCUGCUAUAUACAAAAAUCUGGGGAGACAGUUUCUUCAGUGAAAGGAAAAAUUGUCCAACAGUGUCUCAAAGGUGACAGCAGUGAUUGUAGUGCAGCUUUGUUCUUUACCCCCAAGGAGUUGGUUUUUUUUUUUUUUUUACUGCAGGUAGCCAUGCCAUACCAGGCUGUGCUGGCAGCCUGGCCACCAUUUUGCUACCUACACAGUAUCUUCCAUGUAGUAGCACAAUAGGAAUGGGUGUGGGUGGGAGGCUGGGACAAAAAUAACAGGAAAGCUUUUUGGAAAUAAUUUUACAAAGUGGCCUUUUAUUUGUAGGGGAAUCAGAAAUGGCAGUUUUCAGGAAAAAAAAUUCAGGAAAUGUCUUGGAAAUUUCGCCUCAGCAUUUAUUAUUUCUUUAGUGUAUUCCUCAGAUCUUCCAAAUGAGGGUCAAUGUAGAUACACCUUGUCUUUGCUGCAGAUACUUAUAAUACCCGUGCUGUGUUUAUGUUCCUAGUACACAGUUUAUUAUUGCUGCUCUGCAGCUUCCCUUGUGCCAACAUUUCCUGAAGCAAAAAAGCCCUUUGGAAGAGAUACCUUAACAUGUCUUCCCCUCAGCUUUUAACUGAAUUGUGGGAAAACGGUGGAUGGGAAUGUUCAGUGAAAUAAAAACAUUCCAAACAAAUUCCUCAGACACCUCAUAAGUAAAGCAAGAACAGGAAUAAGGAAUAUCACCUGACAGUGUUUAUCUGAAAUUUCUUUUCAAGAUUUUUUUAGUUUUUUUCCCCCAAUAAAAUUGAUUGGGAAUUAUCAAAAUUCUUAUGAGGGAAAUCCAGACGUGGAGGAAUACAUUAAGGAUAUAUGUGUUUUCAAAUUUUGGGAAAGUGGACAUCAGAGAAACUACAGCUAUUGGAAAAUCACAGUGACUGUAGUUCCUCUGUUUCCUUUCUCAAAAAAGGUUGUGAACUCCUCUAUAUUUUGAUCAGCACUGAAUUAGAGGUUAGAGAAGUUAGAACGCGAGUUACAUUAUGUGCCAUUAAGUUGCUUCCAGCUUAUGGUGACCAUACUAGGGUUUGAAAUGUGUAGGAUGUCCUCAAAGAAUGCUUUACCAUUGCCACCUCCUUGUGAGCUUCCAUGGCUGAAUGUGGAUUUGAACCUACAUGCAAAAAAUCUGAAGACAUGGCUAUACCGGCAGGCCUUCCCUACAGCCAUCACCUAGCCUAUCUUUUUUCCAUCUUGGAUUCUACUGUUAAUUUGCAUCUUAUUCUUAUUACAUAUAUAUUUUCAUAG